UGCCGCGAUACCAGCCAUCGCUGAGAAUCCGGUUCCGCUCACUCCUCCCCCUUCGACUCGCGAGUUUGAAUUCCGUAACGGUCUCGCGGCAAGUACGUGCGAGUACGGCGCGUGAGUGUCGUAAGUGUCCCACACCCUGUUUCCUCCGCGGUGGAGGCACCGCGCUGUGGACGGACGUGGGUGUCCGCGGAGCGUACGGGACGCCGGGGAGUGCUGGCGCGUGCGGCAGCGCGGCACCUCUUCCGGACGACGACGGCGACGACGACGACGACGGCCAGUAGCAGCGGCAGUGGCAGUGGCGGCGGCGGGCGGCCGGACGCGCGUCUCUGACGUAACGAUUUUUGCGCGCGUAGGCAGGCUACCACCGCCGAUUAAUACGACGCGGCGGCGACGGCGACGGCGACGGCGACGGCGACUUCGCCUAGUUAGCCGCCCACUUCGACGUCCCGCGUGUUUAUUGCGCGCCCGCGCUAUAUCGCGCUAUAUCGCGCUAAUUGAACGCUCCUAUUUGCAUUAACGUCGCGCUGAUGACAGAUCCACCUGAUCGGUAUCUGCUACUGCGCCGUACACCCGCAACUGGAUCACGAUGGAGGACGCGAACGAGGUUUUGGUAUGCGCGGCCGAAUUCAUAAAAGAUCGAUUGUACUUUGUAACGUUAAGAACAGCAAUGAAACCAAAAAGUACCCCAAACACACAUUACUUCAGUAUUGACAACGAGUUGGUGUACGAGAAUUUUUACUCCGACUUCGGCCCGUUAAAUCUAGCCGUGCUGUACAGAUACUGCCAAAAGGUUAACAAAAAAUUGAAGGGCAUUACUCUCAGCAAAAAGAAACUCGUGCAUUACACGACGAUGGACUCAGAGAAAAGAGUCAAUGCUGCAUUUCUCAUAGGAAGUUACGCGAUAUUGUAUUGCAAGCGUACAGCGCAAGAAGCUUACGAAUGUUUGACCAAAAGUCCAAAUAGUCCCUUGUUUAUCAUGUUUCGCGAUGCCUCGGUCGGACCACCAUGCUAUCAGAUAUCAUUAAAGGAUUGUUUAAGUGCUAUAUACAAGUGCCAUCAACUUGGUUUCUUUAAUUUUGAAGAUUUUUGUGUAAAUGAGUACGAACACUUUGAAAGAGUGGAGAAUGGGGAUUUAAAUUGGGUAGUUCCUGGAAAGUUCAUUGCUUUCUGUGGCCCACAUGCAAGAUCGAAAAUGGAAGAUGGUUAUCCACUUCAUGGUCCAGAGUGGUAUUUUACAUAUUUCCACCGUAAUAAUGUAACGACAAUUGUGCGGCUUAAUAAGAAGGUUUACGAUGCAUCGAGCUUCACUGACGCCGGCUUUAUUCAUAAAGAUCUAUUUUUUAUGGACGGCUCGACGCCGACGGAUGCGAUAAUGCAUCAGUUUCUUAAAAUAGCGGAAAACGCAAGUGGUGCGGUUGCCGUACAUUGUAAGGCAGGCCUCGGAAGAACGGGUUCUCUCAUAGGUUGUUACAUUAUGAAGCAUUACCAUUUGACAGCUCAUGAAACGAUCGCUUGGAUAAGGAUAUGUAGGCCAGGUUCUGUAAUUGGGCAUCAGCAACAAUGGCUGGAGAGAAAAGAGGCGUAUCUUCGGUCAUUGUUAAAGGAACCGUUGCAACCUGAGAACGGAAAUCCGGUACAUGAAUACGGGAUAUACUCGAUAGCUGGUAGACCUAGAGGAGCUUCGUUCCAAGGGGAUGCAAAGAAUUUGAUGGAGGAUAAUGUAUCAGGGAUAAUGCAUCGCGUCGAUGAAAUAAAGUUGGACGAUCCUGGGCCAGUGGCUGGGGCCAGUGCUACAGCUAGAUACAGUACGUUGACUCAAGGCGAUAAAUUGUGCAGAAUCAAAGCCAGAAGAAGAGGCAUAUCGACAACUCAAACUUCUCUUAAUGCAAGCACAGGGACAUCUACUGUUGUGCAUCCAUAUUUGGGACCCUUGUUACAAACCAGAAGUCAAAAAGGAGCCAUUUCUACUCAAGUGGGAAGUAAAGAGAGAGAUCCUACCAAAAGGUUGAUAUUACGAUCUACCGCAACGACAGUCGUGAAAAGAAACAGUUGGUUGGUCAACAGUAGCUGUGAUCCAUCUUCCUGCCGUAUUAGGUCUAAACCGGCAACACAGAGCCAUAACAUCAACAACAAUACAACUACCAAUCCCGUUACAUCUUUAACUGUAUCAAAACCAGUGAGAAGGGCAAAACGUACCUCCUGCAUGGCUGCACAGGCCCACGCUACAAACUCGUCUGCCAAUCAUUCAGUACCGCAACCGCAACAACGCAUGAAUAUGAUCCUCAGGUCGGCAGACCGAGUUACUCGCUAUUCGCUCAGGCAUGGCGUUGGGGAGGACUGUCAGGUAACUGGAGCAUCUCACCAGCGCCGAAGAUCUCAUCGCUUAAACCCCAUCAUUCAAUAAAAAGCACUUCACUCUGAUCUUCAAUCCUUCAACUCGAGCAAGUUUUGCCCAGGCUUUUAUAUCAUAAAUCAACGAAGAUCAAAUAUUUCUACAAAAUCAUCAACACUACAUUAUUGAUUAAUAUGGUUUUGCCAUAUCUGCAUCAUGGGAUAUGAAUUUGUUGCAGUGAUAUUUAAUAUAUAGCUUUACACGGCUUUUAAUUGUUCUUCCAUAUAUCAAAGUAUUGCGAUGCAUUGAAUGUCUGCAAAAAAAGAUAAAAGGGGUAUCAGAAAUGUUUGUCAAUAUUAUCUUUAUUCCACUCUAACUUUCUGCUGGUCAGAUAAGCACUUUUGUAGAUAAAUUUUCAAAAUUAUUUCAAUUAUAUAAUUUCUGUUUACAAUAAUUUUUUCAAUUGUGUUAAAAUGUUAAUUUAAUGCUCACAUAUUUUUUAUGCAAUAUUAAAUACAUAAUUUAUGAUGACACAAUCUAAAAGUACACUCCUUCAUUUUAUUUCAUUGAUUAAAAAUUCUAAAAACUAUAAAAUUAAUAAUUAUACUUAUUUUAAUGAAAUAUGUAUUAUUUCCUUCUUCUGUUAUCAUAAAUUAAUAGUUUUUAUUAGUGUUAAAAAUCUAAAAGAAGAAUCAAUUUGGUUAAUCUGUUGUAUAUGAUCAAGAAAGGAGUGUAAAGUACGUGUGUAAAUUCUUGGAUAUGACCUCAAAAUUAAAAUUUAUUACACUUUUUGUGUUGUAUUAAAAUAUUAUAAAAGUUUUUAUAUAUACCUAUAUUAUAUUAUAUAUACCAAUUUUUAUUGUUAUGAAAAAAUUAUUGCGGACCGGAAUUGGAUAGUUAGUAAAAAAUAAAAUUUAUUUAGUAUUAUUGUGAUAUAGAUGAAGUAGUAUGUUAGAAAAGCAUAAUUGUUCUGUAUCUCGGUCAGUUUGAGGCAAAUGUUAAAGAGAGCUCGAAACACUGUAAUUAUGGCACUUGUUAAAAAUUUACUUGUAUUGCUUUGAAUUUUAAACAAACGCAUUAGAUGAAGUCUUGCAAUAUAUCCGGUGUAUAUAUUAUAUGUGCAGUUUAUAUACGAUUGAUGCAAAUUACUUCAGCAAUGUUAUUUAGUACAUCUCCUGCUAAAUGCAUUCAUUAUAGAUUUGUUGUAACCUGAAUAUAUAUUAAUUUUUAUAUACAUCUCUUGUUUAAUCAAAGCAAAUUGAAUGUAGAUUUUACAAAUAUGCAAUGCUAUUUUAUAUUAUUUUUUUCUUUUUUUUUGUACCAUUUACAUGUACAUUAAUAAUGACAAUUUUAGCAACAUUUAAAGACAGAAUUUUAAUGUAUAAGGAAUAUUAUUUAUCUUCAGGUCUUUUUGUAAACAUAUGAACACAAUUUAGUUAUGUAAUUUAUAUAGAUAUUUUAAUGCGAUUACUUCAUCGCAAAACAUAUCAAGAAAUGUGAUGAAAUUAUUAUUAUUAAGCAUAUACACUGAAAAUUUUUGUGUCCUAAAAAAAGAAAAAAAUUUUAAUAACAUCUAUUCAAAGGAACUAAAUAAUUAAUAUUUUCGAUGAUGUUUUAUCAUAUGAUUCAAAUUGACCUGAAGAUAAGAUGACGUGAUAUUGGAUGUCCUGAUGUAGAGCACUCUGUAAAUUGUAUAUAACAGUAUAAGUUGAUUAUGAAAGAUUUGGAAUACCUUUAAGUACAAGAUUAAAAUUUAAGCUGUUACUCUUACGAGUACCUAGGCUUUUCUGUACAUAUUAAGUUGCUUUAGUAACGUCAAAAAUUGUACUUUGUAUCAUUUAACGAAACAUGUAAGUCUCGGAAAUAUGUCACUUUUGCAGUGCAGUAUUUUUAUUAAUAGUAAAAAGGAAAAAAGUUUUUACAUAGAGUGAGAAGGUUAUAAUAAAACUAUAUUUAUUAUUGCUACAAGAGAAUGAUUUUAAUAAAUUACACCAAGGUAUACGCGUGAUAAAAUAUAAAAUAUAAAUAUUGCAUGAAAAUAAAACUCAACGGAAUUUUCUAAAGGAAUGACAUUUGGCAUAGAAUUUUAUUGUCUUUGCAAUCCAUCCAAUUAAAAUUAAUACAAAUUAUUACAACCAUAAGUAGAUUGCUAACUUUAGAUUUUAUCUUUCAUCGCACCUUGAUGUGAUUUGUAUUGUUAUAUUAAAAUAAAAUUUAGUUAACUUGUAUAAUAAUUUUGUUGUAAUAGGAAUACUUUUGUUUUUAACACAUUGUUCAUCCGCAUCUACAAAUAUAUUGUUUUAAUGAAUUAUAUAUCAAUCAUUUAUUAAAUAGAUACAGAUGUUUGCAACAAAAUAAAACUUAAUAAAUUAUAUAAUAGAGACCGUAUUAUUGAAAAUAUGCGAAUAACUUUUGCAUACGAAAGUAACAAAAUAGCUAAUAUUUCAUUGGAUAUUCUGCCACUUUCAUAUACGAAAAUUACUAGCAUGUUUUCAAGAAUAGGUCCCCUGAUCUUUUAGAUUCCACAGCUUAAACUUUCUAGCUUUCUUAUUUCUAACAAAAAUAAAUAAAUGUAUUUUUAAUAUUUUUUUCUACUUUUGUACUUUUAAGUAUCUUGGAUAAUUAAAUAAAAUUCUUUUCAUGUCACUUAAAAAUCAAAAAGAGCAACCUGUUUUAAUAUAUAGCAAAAAUUUAAAUUAUAUUGUCAGAAUCUGUCCUAAGCAGCAGAAAGGAAUUGUCAAUUUUGAAUCAAUCUAUAUCAAUAAUAUAGAUGGCAGUCGUAAGAGUAACUAUGUUUAUAAUGCUGUCAUACUAUAUCUAAGAUAAUUAUAAAAUUUAUUAUUUUUUAUGAGAUUGAUACAUAGAAUUAAAAAAAAAAUAGAUAUGUCAAUAGUAGUUUUAGUGCAGGGUUCUUGACUAAAUAUACACAUACAAAUGCUUUUACACAUAUGUAUGUAGUUUAUACAUUAUAUAUAUAUAUAUAUAUAUAUAUAUAUAUAUAUAUAUAUAUAUAUAUGUAUAUAUAUACUUUAGCUGUGUAUUCAUUUAUAUAAUGAAUAUGGAAGUCAUAGCUUUUUUGCUAAUUAUAGUGUUUAAGAACACAUGUUAUUAAAAUGUGAUGUUUAGGAAUAUAAAGUCCGUUUGCCAUUAGGUUCCAACAAAUUUGUAGAGAGCAAUUAUUUAUUUUCGAAUAAAUGCAUUGUGUAAAUUAUAAAAUUUAUAGCGAAUCCACGAAAUUCGGAAUGUCUAUUAAGAAUUGUGAAUUAUGUAUAACAUUUCUCCAUUGUGUAAUGUUCAAUUGUAAUGUUACAUGCAACGAGACCAUUAUUUCUUCGAGAAUACAAUCACUGUCAUCAAAAUAAAUUUGAAAGUGUACAUAAAAAUAUUAUAUAGUAAUCAAUGACCAUUAUGUUGCACAGUAAUAUUACAAAUGGAACAUUACUAAUUACAAUGGAUUAGUAGAGAAAAAAAUAUCCUAGAGCGCAGAGAUGUUUCUAUUCAUUACAAAAGUGACAUUUAAUGUAAUAUUAGAUUAGGAUGCGAAAUAUUGAAAAAGAGUAUUAUAUUUAACAUUGUAUACUUGAAUACUCUUUGUAAACUUUUUUUAUAAUUACAAACUACUAAAUGUGCUACAUAUAUUAAUUAUAAAAGAAAUUAUAAAGUAUGUAUAGAUCACACAGUGAACUUUAUAUUGUGUUAUAUACUCAAUAAAGAAUAUGUAUUUUA